AUGGCACCCAUUCGAAAUGCUGCCGUCAUAUUCGCUGAAGUUCCCACUGGCUAUCCAGAACCCGGUAAACAUAUCAAGUAUGUCACAAAUCGAACAAUCGAUAUCGAUACAGUCGAUACAGAAGGCGGCAUCGUCACCAAGAAUCUUGUCGUUUCCAUUGAUCCGUAUAUGCGAAGUCUAAUGAGAGCACCGGAAAGGAAAAGCUAUUCACCUCCGUUCGAGCUCAACAAACCACUGACCAACUUCAGCGUCGGAAAGGUUGUUAAAUCUGACAACGACAAGUACAAAGUCGGUCAACUCGUCUACGGAUUUGCAGGAUACGAAGAAUAUACAGUUCAUCCAAGCGCUCAAUCCGCAGGACUUCGUGUUCUUACUGAGGCAGAACUCAAGCUUGGUUUACCUUUGACAACAUGGGUUGGUGGGGCUGGAAUGCCUGGACAAACGGCUUUCUAUGGUUUUUAUUACAUAGGAGAGCCGAAGAAGGGAGAUACAAUCUUCAUUACUGCAGCUUCUGGAGGUGUCGGUCAAAUUGUCGGACAACUCGCAAAGCGUGACGGCUUAACAGUGAUCGGAUCAGCUGGAUCAGACGAGAAAGUCGAAUGGCUCAAAAGUGAACUUUCGUUCGAUCAUGCUUUCAAUUACAAGACAGCUAAUCCAAAAGUGGAACUCGCCAAAUUCAAACCUCUCAAUAUCUACUUCGACAAUGUAGGCGGGGAUCAACUCGAGGCAGCUCUUGAUGCAGCAGAUAUUCAUGCUCGAUUCAUUGAAUGUGGUAUGAUUUCACAGUACAAUGAACCUAGUGCACAUGUUAUUCGAGGUCUCAUGCAGAUUGUUACCAAACGACUCAAACUUGAAGGUUUUAUCAUUUGGGACAAGGUGGUUGAUCCGAGUUUUCAAAAACAUUUCUAUUCAAAAGUUCCCAAAUGGAUUGCAAGUGGAGAACUCAAGAUCAAAGAAGAUAUAACGAAAGGAUUGGAACAUGCUCCUGAGGCAAUUGUUGGUAUCUUUCAAGGAAAGAACUUUGGAAAGGCGGUCAUUCAAAUCGCUGACGAAUGA